UGUGGAUUGUGGUUAACAGGCGCUCCGCGAACGCGAGAGAGCCCAGUGGAGGUCGUUUUGUGGUGAAUCGAGGGUGGUAGUGCAAUUUCUUAGUUUUGGCAGAUUCGGGGCCCAAUAGGCCAACUAAAUUGAGGAUGCUUCAUCAGGUGUUCAGACAGGGCCUUUUUAGCCUACGGUCGACGUGCGCCGUUCAAAUCGGCGCUAGGGCUUUAUCCGUAAAGGAGACCACGAGUUUCGAAAAAGACCAUAAGAUACCCGAGCAUCUUCAAUAUGUCACGGACGCGCAGAACCCUUCUUUCUUCCACAUGGUCGAGUACUUCUACCAUAAGGGCUGGCAGAUCGUCGAAGAUCAACUGGCUGAAGAAAUAAAAGGAAAAAUGACGCCAGAAGAGAAACGGAAAAAGGUUCGUGGUUACCUAGAGUUGCUAGGUCCAUGUCACGCGGUACUGGAGGUAUCGUUCCCACUAAAACGUGACAACGGGGAAUAUGUUAUGAUUGAGGGAUGGAGAGCUCAACACUCGCUGCACCGCACACCGUGCAAAGGAGGCAUUCGUUACUCGACUGACGUAUGCCUUGAUGAAGUCAAAGCACUUUCUGCGCUAAUGACCUUCAAGUGCGCUGUCGUAGAUGUGCCUUUCGGUGGAGGCAAAGCUGGUCUGAGGAUCAACCCACGCGACUUCAGUGAGCAUGAACUGGAAAAGAUCACCCGCAACUUUGCGUUACAACUAUCGAAAAAGGGAUUCUUGGGUCCAGGUGUGGAUGUGCCUGCCCCUGAUAUGGGCACCGGUGAAAGGGAGAUGUCCUGGAUUGCCGACACGUAUGCGCAGACCAUCGGGCAUUCGGAUCUAAAUGCUCACGCUUGCGUAACUGGCAAGCCUAUCAACCAGGGCGGUAUCCACGGGCGAGUAUCCGCCACGGGCAGGGGUGUCUUUCACGGUUUGGACAAUUUUAUUAAUGAAGCGUCGUACAUGAGCCAAAUCGGCACAACUCCGGGUUGGGGUGGCAAGACGUUUAUCGUGCAAGGACUUGGAAACGUGGGUCUUCAUUGUACACGCUACCUGACACGUGCCGGAGGUCGCUGCAUCGGAAUUCAAGAAGUUGAUGGGGCUAUCUUCAAUCCAAACGGUAUUGACCCGAAGGAAAUUGAGGACUGGAAAAUCGCUAACGGCACGAUCAUGGGCUUCCCUGGUGCCGAGACCUACCAGGGCGAGAAUAUUCUUUUUGAACCUUGUGAUAUCCUUGUCCCGGCUGCGAUGGAAAAGGUUAUCACUAAGGAAAACGCUCACAAGAUUCAGGCCAAGAUUAUUGCCGAAGCCGCCAAUGGCCCAACGACUCCAGCAGCGGAUAAAAUUCUAAUGGAUCGUAACAUUCUCGUGAUUCCUGAUCUAUACAUUAACGCCGGUGGUGUAACCGUUUCUUAUUUCGAGUGGCUUAAAAACCUCAAUCACGUCUCGUACGGCCGUUUGCUGUUCAAAUACGAGCGAGAGUCAAACUAUCACCUCUUACAGUCAGUCCAAGAGUCUCUGGAGAGGCGAUUUGGUAAAAUGGGUGGCCAUAUUCCCGUAACACCUUCCGAGGCAUUCCAGAAAAAGAUUUCGGGGGCGUCCGAGAAGGACAUUGUCCACUCGGGUCUCGACUACACAAUGGAGCGUUCAGCUCAGAGAAUCAUGCGGACGGCUCAUAAAUAUAACCUUGGCCUCGACCUCCGUAGCGCCGCGUACGUCAACUCAAUAGAGAAGAUCAUCCUUACAUACUCGCAGGCCGGGCUCACCUUCACCUAGAAAGUUUUCUUUUGUGAGAACUUCUUUUCUUCCUCUCUCCUUCACAUACUGCUAUGUAUCAACCCAUUUUUCGCUGUACGUUUUAGCUCGAGCAACGUUUGCCCGGUGGCUCCCAGUCCCGUUUGUGUACCCAUGAAGCAGAAUUUAGGGUUAACCAAGACACACCGGCUGGGCGUUCUGGACGAUGGCUGAAUGCCGACCAUAAGAAAGAAGACGACAAACUAGGAUAGUAAAAAAGCGAAAAAUAAAUUAUAAUGCUUUGUUAGAAUCAAUAAUAACGUAAUAAUCAUGUUAUGAAGAAUGGAAAUUAAAGAAAAACAAGAUCAUGCUAAAUGCUAAUGAAAGGAUAUAUGCCGCUACAAUAGCAACGGUUACACAGAUAUCAUUGUGCAACAUCCUUUCCACCCCUUAUUAGUAAAAACAAGGAUACGAUGAAGAGGAUAAGAUAAACACAUAACGCAUGCAUUGCAGAUAAUAAUAUAGAAUUAUUAACGAUGGCUUAUCAGCAAUUUAGCUAUGCCGUGUUUUACCAUCCAUUACCUCCAUCCAGAUGACAAGGAGAAAUGAUAAAUCCUUUAUUCUGGGUGAUUCUGAGGUGUAGUCAAUAUACAAUGGGAAAAGGAAUUAAGUCUUGUUUAACGUAGGACGCUGGUGCCAUAACAUCUUGUGCCUUCGCGUUCUUUCAAAUGAUAUGCAGCGUACAAUAUCGAGAAGGAAAAGGACGAGACUGAACGAGUUAGAAUGAGCAGAGUGUGUCUUUAUUCAUACACUAUCAUUACUAUAACUGAUGAAUCUGAAGAUUUGAUUAAUUUGAUUGCGACUGACAAUAAACGCAAUGUUUACUACUUUCAAACACAGGGUGUGCAAUGCGGUGUAAUUGAAGACGGCAUUUAUUGAUGAUACAACGAGUGACUGAAUAUAGGCGGCAAAAAAGAAUGCCAUAAUAAAAACGAAAACAACCGAUGGGGGUGUUUCUUGAAGUCUUGUAAAGACAAACAUGGAGAUUCUAAUAAAGUUAGUGAUCAAUUAGCUGAUUAUGUAAAGAAAAAAGAGCUGAGAAGGUCUACAUGAUAAAUUAUUUUUAUGCUUUACGACACACUACCACAGACUUGGGUUGACCAACCAAGGCAACCAAGUGACUUUAUCAGGAUGGGAUAUAGUACCUUAUUCUCAAUUUGAGACCCUCCAUUUUGUUGUGAGGUAGAUUGCUGAUUGUUUAGUUCAGUGUUCUUCACGAACGAAUUGAUUGAACAAUUCGGCUCCCUGAAUCAUUGAACACAAGGUAGUAAAUUUUUUUGCUUUUUGUACAAAAAAAUCUUCGCUCUUUCUAAUCAAUGCUGCGUCAUUUCUAGAUACGGCUGGCAUGUUACUUUGCAUCUGAUAUUUUUAAAAGUCACCUAAUAGACAAUUAUUGAUGAGCGGAUCACGUUCAUACGAUGACUAACAGAAACAUAAUUCAAACACGAGAGGUACAACAAGCGACCGCGAUGAACAAUGUGUAAAUAAAUCCACCGCUAAUGCUCCGACAAAUUUGUUAGUUAUAUUCUGUUUACAUGAUAUAUAUGUUUCAAGUGAAGACGCAACUCAAAUGCAGUCUGGCACAUGUACUAAUAAACUGUUCGUUUGGAACCAGUA